GCUUAAAAGGACCUCGUCUAUUUAUUUAUUUUACAGGAGGAGGAGGAAAAAAAAAAGAAAAGAAAAAGAUAAGAAUGGAUCGUCUUGAUCUGGAAGAUGCUAUUUUCCUGGCAGAUGCGUUCCUGGAUGAGUACAAGGUAGAUCAGCAUGUACACACAAAAGGACGCUCAAAAAAAUCAACAAAGUCGUUUGUUUGGUUGGACGAGGACAAAGAAGGUCAAUCUCUGCCAAAAAGAAGUAGAGCUGGAGAGAAGAGAAAACGUGCUUCAGUCACUGUGUCCCCAGUAAGCGUAACUCCCUCCUGUGCUCCAUCUACUGAUACAACUGGAGAAACCGCAACCAACAAUUUAGACUCCCUCCUUCAAGAUGUCCAAGACCUCUUGGGAAGUGGUGCUGAACAACCUCUCCCCUCACACUGGAUGAACAGGCAAACUUCCUCUCUGCACAAUUGGACAGUGAUGAGGCCCUUCAUGGUGAACAAUAUGUUGUCAUCUGAGAAGCCCAAGGAGGGGGUUUGCCAUCACUGUGGGCACAAGGCCGCAGUUGUGAUGUGUAGGGACUGUUUACCCCGAUCACUGUACUGCACAACCUGUGAUCUCUCCACACAUGAGACCUUGGUGCUGCAUAACAGAGCAUCCACGGUGGAGGGGUUCUUCAAACACCUGCCACCAUCCACUUUUGUCCAGCAGCAUGAAGGAGGGAAGUUCUCUUAUCAAGAGAAAGAUUGCCUGUUACCAAUUGUUGCUCCCUGCUGCGACUGCUCCACUGGUCAAACAACAUUUUCCAAGGGAAGACAAGUUAUUUUGAUUGGAAUGAAUGGAAGAUACAACCUCUUCCUUCCGUUGGUGAAUUGCUCUUGCGGAAAAACCUUGCCAGUGACUAUAAAUGACCUGGUUGACAGUGGUUACUGGCCAGCCACCGCCAAUUUUGAGACCUUAUACAUGGUGGACUUGUUCACCACGUAUGAGGAUCUAAAGGUUUCUGCCCCAGGGAUGUCGCGACAGGCUUUUGUAAGCAUGCUCCAGUGUCGAACCAAACUCUUUGGGCGAAGUGGUAAGAUAUGCGGGGACACAAUGCAGAGGGCCUUCCUCGAAUGGGCCAAUGCCAAAAUUGAGAUUGACAAGCUGUCCCAAGUGCAGCAUUUUCAGUGCCAGCCCACCACCAACUCCACCAUCCAGCCCACCACCAGCUCCACCAUCCAGCCCAUCAUCCAGUCAUGCAAUAUGUCUGAAAAGAAAAAAAAGCAGAAGAAAUCUUCAGCCUCAACUGCAGACACAUCUACAAGGAGGAAACUGAGGGGGGAAAAAUCACCUAGAGAAUGCAACCAUGGGAUCCUUACUACCCAGUGAAGGUGGUGAUCUGAUGUAAAAUGCUGAAGGGUUUCAAAAUGGAGUUGGUGGAGUGGGAGCCAUGUUCACCAUGGUAUGUACAAUUUAUCAUAGUU